AUGGACAUCGAACGCCACCUAAACAACCGCCCACUAACCUACAUCGAAAGUGACGGAGGGGAGCCUCAAGAAUCAAGACCUGACGCCCAAUACCAUUUUAUGGGGCGACGAUUCACAUAUUUUAGAAGACCGAGAACAAGACGAAAGUGAACUUACGAAGAUGCAGAGACGUCUCAACGCCGCCUGACAACACGCGUGAAACCGUUGGCACAAAGAAUACAUACACAGCCUUAUGGAAUACUGCCAAAAGUUGGGGAGAUCGUAUUUAGUACUCGGGGAAGAAAAGAACUGUGGACUUUGGAAGAAAGGCAAAGUAUUGCGACGUAUAUUGGGAAAGGACGGAGUUUUGCGAGGAGUUGUACUUCGGCAUAAGGACCACGAGAUUGAGCGACCUAUUCAUUAGACAAUUAGUUUGCCCUCUGGAGAUACGUAGCAGCGAAGUAGAAGAGCCGAAAGCACCAACGCCAGAAGUUGAGGAGAAACGGGAGAGACCACCAAGGCGUGCGGCGGAGAAAGCAAAGGAAAGAAUGCGACAUUGGCUCGCGGAUGAGGACUGA